CGAUGAACCACCAGGGGGCGGUAAUUAGCAGGAAACCGAGGAACUACCGCACAGCGCGAGCAAGUUGAACACGGACAGAUCCCCGGCCGGCGGAUUGAUGUCAGGAAGAUAAGGGUUCGUUCCGAUGUCCUUUCACUUUUAUUUUCUGUCACCGUUUCUGUAAAGUCGGCCAGAACACAGCUCGGCCCACAGGCAGGUUGUUGCUGGUUAAAAUGAAGCUGCUGAUGGUCUUUGAUUUUGACCACACUGUGGUGGACGACAACAGCGACAUCUGGGUCCUCAACUGCCUUCCAGAUCAGACUCUUCCCGCCUCCGUCAAGGCCUCAUACAGAGACGGUCACUGGACUGAGUACAUGGGCAGAGUGAUGGCCUACAUGGGAGACCAGGGGAUCUCGCCCGACAGGAUCCGCGGCGUGAUGGAGACGAUUCCCUUCACCCCGGGCAUGAGGGACCUGCUCACAUUCAUAGCGGAGAGCAAAAGCGCCGUCGACUGCAUCGUCGUCUCCGACUCCAACACCCUGUUCAUAGACUGGGUCCUGAAGGGGGCGGGCCUGCGGGCCGCCGUGGACCGGGUGUUCUCCAACCCGGCCAGCAUCAACGAGUCCGGCCACCUGGAGCUGCAGCACCACCAUUCUCACAACUGCCACAAAUGCCCCGUGAACAUGUGCAAGAGGAAGGUCCUGGAGGGGUACCUGUCCGAGAGGGCCGAGGCGGGCGUGGAGUACGGGCGCGUCUUCUACGUGGGAGACGGCGGCAACGACCUGUGCCCCUCUCUGUGCCUGAGGGGGCAGGACGCCGUGAUGCCCAGGAAGGGCUUCACCCUGGAGAAACUGCUGGCCAGGCUGAAGGCUCAGAAGGCCGACAGCUCUGCCGCGGCCAAAGUGGUGGUGUGGAGCAGCGGCACCGAGAUCCUGCAGCAGCUGAAACAAUGCCUGCAGUCGUAGUUAUUACGUGGCCCAGAGCCAGCCACAAUAUUCUAUUUUAUUUUAUUUUUUUUUAAAAUACAGUGUUUAUUUUUUUAACAAAAGCUGACCAAUUGGUAGAGCUUAGAGGAUUUUAUUAAAAUAACAACUAGGCAUCUUAAAGACUAAAAAUCAUUUUUUUUUUUUUUGACGUUAAGAAUUUUAUGUGCCUUGAUGAAUGUUAUAAUGAAAAAAAAUAAUCCUUUAUCUUGGCACAAUUAGAGCUCAAAAGAACAACAGAUUUAUUUCUAUCAAAAGACUACUUAGGAUCUUAGAGUGAUUACUCAGAGACUUUAGAGCAAAGUGAAUUCGUCCCAAUCGGGUCUUUAUUCAUUGGGACAAAGCAGCAAGAAAAACAAAAAACAGAAGAGCAGAAAGCAGUUUUCAUGUUCAGCCUUCUGAGCUCAACCUGUAGGCACGUUUGAACAAAAGCUGGAGCUGACUGGGGAAUGUGGUUCUGCUCGACCCGGGGCCCGUUCUGCCUACAGGACGACCUUUACUGCGCUCCAUUCUACGUUCUGAUGAAUGUUUUCGUCUCAUCGUGUCGUCCCCCGCAGCCGCUGCUUCAGCACGCGCACAUCUCAACGAACUGGAAUGUCGUGUUUUUUGUCCCUUGCUUUACAAAGUGGAACUCAAAUGUUAUUUCACUCAUUGCAUAUAGAGUGAAAUGUUUCAAACCUUUCAGUUCUUGGUAGUGGGACGCUUCCACAGCCAGUGAUGGUUUGGGGUGCCAUGUCACUUGCUGGUUCUGGUCCACUGGCUUCUCUGAAGUCCAAACUGCCAAAGGUACCAAAAGCUGGUUCGGUGAGCAUGGUGUUCCUGUUCUUGAUUGGCCUGAACAGAACCCCAUGGAGAACCUGGGUAGAGUGGUCAAGAAGAAGCCUGGGCUUCAGUCACACCUCAGCAGAACCUCAGCAGAACCUCAGCAGAACCUCAGCUCGCCUCCGUCCCACGCUGCAUUAAGGCAGUAAUUCAUGCAAGGCCCAAACAUCUCAGUUCAAAAUGUCUUUUUUUUUUUUUUAAAUGAUCUUAAGUAAUAUUUUAGUUUUCUGAGACGCUGAAUGUUGGGUUUUCCUCCUGUAAGCCAUAACCAUCGAAAUUACAGAAAGCCAAGGCUUUGAAAUGUUCCACUCUCUGUGUACAGAGUCCAUUAUCAUAUAUGAGUUUCACUUUGACAUUAGUGACAAUAAACAUUAAACAUUUUAACAAUAUUCUCAUCUUUUCAGACCUACCUGUAAGCAUAGUUUGUUUGAGCCAUCAAACGUAUGCAACGCUAUGAAAUGUAUACAAGCACAUUUAAACUUCAGGAAUACUAAUUAUUUCCUUUAAUAUUUCUCGUGUACUUCGCACUAGGAUGGUUUUAGGGGAGGGAAAAGCAGCACUUUUGGCCUGAACCUCUGAUCUGAACAGCCGGUGCGAGUUUUAAAUGAUCGCCAUGUCUAACACUACGUCGAUAGCGUUAAGAAUCAGAAAAAAUCUGCCAAGAUUAGGAAAAUCUCAAAGAUAUAUAUGUAUAUUUUUGCGCCGAAACACCUUUUUUGUUUUCAUGUUCCACUUAAGAAACAAUAUUGGAGUCAUUCAUCAAACAAAUUAGUCUGAUUACAGGGAGCUGAACCUGGCCAGGUGUUAGCCUCAUGCUAACUUUAAAUCAGAGCUUAUUUAUGCAGUGACUGCCAGCGUUGGAGGUUUGUUCUUCUUUCUGUGGUUCUCUAUCUGUUUUUGUUUGAGGGCCAGAGACUGGUGGUGCCAUUAAGUGAUGCUGAAAAUAUCUACACUGGUAAAGAAAUGAUCAAACGGGAAGAUGGUGAGAACACACAAGGGGCCCGUGGACCGUUAUGCAAUGUUUCUUUUACUUCUGUUUUUUUAUUUCUCUUGUCGGACUUGAGCUGAACGGGCGGGCAGUUUCUUUAUUCCCCGGUUUGAAUCCCAGGGCAUUCGUUGGUGUGUGCGUGUGUAAGUGUGGUUCGAUUGGGAGGGGGGGUUAAAAGGGUCUUUGACUCCUGCUGGUGUAGCCAGGGUGAGCGCUCUCAAACAGCCUCAGCUGUGACUCUGGGCUUCCCUGGAUUAGCAAUGGGUCAGGCCCGCGUUAUUAAAAUCCAUCCUGAUGUCAGGUCAGGUUUUAGCUUGAAGGUUUUGUCGGCUGCCUGGGUGACAAACCCGCAUACAUCAGGAAAAUGCACUAUAUUAAAAAUAAGUCAGUGCUGCUACCUAGCGACCCAUACGGAGUUCUGGGAGGAGCGAGGGCAGCACGAAUCUGAGAGAAAUGGGUUUAUAUUUAUGUGAUUUUAAUGUCAUACAGCUACAAAAAAACACUUAAUUGUAUGAUUUUAGGUUGUGCGUUUGACAUGUUGCUCAACGCCUGUCCACUCUUUCAUCUGUGUUUUGCUUCUCAGGUCUGGUUUUCCCCAUUCAGUCGGACGGUCCGAUUGAAUGGGAUCAAAUUACCUCCAUCAGACGGCAGAAUAAUGUGUUUACAAUGAAGAACAUUCUGUUCUGGGUGUGCUUGAAUGGAAUAAGGUGUAGCCUAUGUGUAGGACAUGUUUUGUAAAACAGUGUUGUUCUGGGAUGUUUUCCUGUCCAGAAUAAAUCAUCUGGACGUUCUUUCUGCAAGUUCAACUGCAACAUCUAGUGAAAUGGAAACGUUCGUCCUGUCACGCACCCAUCGUAAGUCACGGAGGAUGUUGUCAGAAAGCCGUGGUUGUGUCACGACACUGUGUGUUUCUAUCACUGCCAUUAAAACCAGACGUCCAGAG